AUGUCUUUCGUUAGUUGGAGCAAAUUAACUUCGGUUGAGUUGAAAGAAUUGUGUUUAACUUGUGGGUUAUCUUCAGAAGGGAAUAAGGAGGAGUUAGGAGAAAGACUCCAUAGCUAUUUUGAAAAGAAAAGGGGUAAACAGCCUGAGUCUGAAUUCGCAGCUAGAGAAAUGAGUAAUGAUCUGUAUGUCGAUGCAGAAGGGACUGGUAACGAAUUUAAUAAUGCUGACAAUAGAAGGUUUGGAAGAGAAGGAAUUACCGAAUUGGACCAGGAUUAUAUUGAGUUAAGCUCACAAGUAGCAGAUGAUAACAUCAGAGAUACAUUUGCUGAAAGAUUACAAAACCAGGAGCAAGAAUAUCUCCCCGAAUCUGCGCCUGUUGACAUGUUCCUGUCAGCUCUAAGAAACUUAGAAAAGAAGAUGGAUAAAAACCUUUUGGCGUUGCAUAAACAGAUUGAGCAAGGUGAAUCACUGAAUGAAGCAUGGCCUGCAGUUAAACUCUCUAAAGCUAGAGACCAACAUGAAUAUGAUUUUCUUGCCAAGAUGGGCAGACAUUUAGAUAAAGCUAUCAAAUUAUUACCUAUUAAUUUGCAAAAGGAUUUUAGCUGUAUUAGAAAUGAAAUGGAGUCUAGAGCAGUAAUGCUAAGACUUGCGAAUGAAAAGGGCUGGAAAGCAGCACUGCAAAUUGUAGGAAGUAAUGACAAGAUGAUGGAGAAAUAUAAGGAUCGGAUUCCAGUCUCUAGCCAACCUGCUACCUUUCAGAAAUAUAAUAACUGGGGUUACAAGAAUCGAUACAAUAGAUACCAAUAUAAGAGGAAAAGAGAUAGAUUUUAUGACUCUUCUUCUUCAGAAUCCGAUAAUAAAAGAUUCUUUCAGAAAAAUCUUCAGAUUAUCCCAAAGGAAUUACCUGCUUUAACUGCGGAGGUCUUGGACAUAUCGCAACAAACUGCCCAUCAGCCAAUGCCAAGUCUUUUUCUAGAACACAAAAACAAGAUUGACUACACUCGGCCCAAAUCAAUGAGUUUAAUAGAAAUCAAGUUAUCAGAAGUAAAGAAAUUAGUUUCGGUUGUAGGAAAAAUUCAACAGAAAGUAGUUUUACAAUAUUGGAAACAAAAGAUAAAGCCCUCUCCUGUAGUACUAGAUUGGUUAACGAAUGGUGUGCCACUAUGGCCAAGAGGAGUAUUAGUUUUAGCAGCAAACCCAGAUCCACAUCAAUAUUUACUAUCAAAGGAGCAAACUCAAUGGAUUCAGAAAGAAUUAGAACGCCUUCUAAAAACCUUAGCAAUUUGCUAUCUAGGAGAACAAACAAAUCAAAGAUGCGGUCUAGUGAGAGAAUUGUCAAAGGGUCAUUGGGAACCUACUCAACAACCAAAAUUCUAUGGCCUAAUAAUCGAUACAAUCAAGGCUCAGGUCAUUGUUCCCGAAGACAAGAUACGUGUAACAAAAUCACUAUUAGAGGACCUUAUAAGAAAAGAAAAAAUCCCAGCACGGCAAUUAGCAGUUGUUACAGGAAAAAUUCAGUCACUCAACAGGGCAUUUGCACAUACAAAGAUUAGUACUCCCACCACCACAAAUCACAUUUAUAAAAAGGCCAUCAGGAGAGGUAGAACCAUGGAAAAACCUGAAUUGGCAUUUUCUGGCGAUAAGAAUAAAUUAAUUAGCAAGUUAUUGAUUAGAGGACAGUCUUUAUUUAGUAAAGCUUUUUCUAAAGGUUGGAAUAAUCGCUUGGACAAAGCUUGGAAAAUAUUUAUUAGUUUUUGUAAAAUCUCUAAGCAAAAGGUUCUUCCUGCUUCAGCGGAUACUCUUAUCUCUUGCCUUGUAUGGCUAGACUUAACUCAUGCCUUUGUUAAGUGCACAGAUAUUCUAGCUGCAGUAUCGAGAGAACAUUUGAAGGCCCAUCUCCCAGACCCUUCUAAGGAGUAUAAAGUUAAAACAAUUUUUAGAGCCCUAUUGAAAGAAUACAGAAAGGAUCGAGACCCUGAGUGGCCACGCGACCCUCUCCCUAUCUUAGCCUUAAGAAAUUUUGUUAACAAUAGACCACCUUAUGUGGAUAAAAGAUUCUGGAUAAGAGAUGCAGCAUUAGUAGCUGUAGGCCUGAGAACUAUGAGACGCCCAGGAGAGCUUUGCCGAUUGAGGCUAAAUGAUGUCAGAUUUAAGGGAAAUAUAUGUUGGAUCAGAAUAGGUUCGUCAAAGACAGAUCAGUUCUCUAAUGGAAAGUUUAUUCCUGUUGAGCGCAUAGAUAGUCCCUACUGCCCUGUGAGAUUAUUGAAGUGGUAUAUGUCUGUGAGACCAAAUUCAUUAGGAAACUCACACCUUUUCCUUUCAAAACAAGGCAAGCAGCUUACAGUAGGUGCGAUUGGAGCUAUUGUCAAAAGGCUUGCCAAACAUUCAGGAUUAGAAGGCCGCUAUACUGCGCAUAGUAUUAGAAUAGGAGGAGCAACUGCAGCUAUGGAAGCUGGUCUAUCACUCACCCAAAUAAGAGCAAUUGGGGGUUGGGACA